AUGAGUUUCGGCGUCGCAGCAGCAGCCGCAGCCGGUGGAGUUACACUGGCAGCUUACUUGAAUGCCAAAUUCCACAUAGCCAAGGAUAUCUCGUCUUUGCGCCUCGCGCGGAAGAGCAUUCGGUCCUACGAACAUGCCGCCGCUCAGGGCCGCGGCAAUGUUUGGUUUAUCUUUCUGCAGACAGUAAAGAAGUACCCGGAUAUGGUCUGCCUGUGGACCCGGGAGAAAGUCUAUACCUAUCGUGACGUGCAGAAUCUCGCCUGUCAGUACGCGCAUUUCUUCCUCGCCAAGGGGGUGAAGAAGGGUGAUCUGGUAGCGUUUUACCUUCAGAAUCGGGCCGAGUUUGUUUGUGCGUGGCUCGGUCUUUGGAGCAUAGGAUGUGCGCCCGCGGCGAUCAACUACAAUCUCGCUGGAGACGCCUUGGUGCAUUGUCUCAAGAUCGGCGGCGCCAAGCUGGUCCUGGUCGACGACGAUGAGGACUGUCGCGCACGAAUUGAGGAGUGCAAGGGGUCUCUUGAAGGACAACUGGGGAUGGAACUCAUGUAUCUAGGGCCGACACUGACAUCGCUCCUGUCAACGUUCCCGACCACGAGGCCAGCCAAGGAUCUCGCCCUGGACAUGUCAGGCGAAUAUCCCAGCAUUCUGCUAUACACGUCCGGCACCACCGGCAUGCCAAAAGGAUGCGCCUUUACCAUGUCGCGACUCUACAGCACCCUCUAUGUCCGCCGUGGCGCGAUGGAAGACACCGAAGGCCCCGGUGGCGAUAUCUGGUACAGCUGCAUGCCGCUGUACCACGGCACCUCCGCGAUUGCGAUGAUGAUAUGCCUCACGACAGGCGUGGCCAUUGCACUCGGGAAAAAGUUCAGCGUGCGCCAGUUCUGGCGCGACAUCCGCGACUCCAGAGCCACGACAUUCGUCUACGUCGGCGAAGUCGCGCGCUACCUGCUCGCGGCACCGCCCUCCGCCGACGACCGCAACCACAACGUCCGCUGUAUGUACGGCAACGGGCUACGGCCGGAUAUCUGGGAGAGAUUCCGCGAGCGGUUCGGGGUCUCCAACGUGGGCGAGUUCUUCAAUAGCACCGAGGGAAUCUUCGGGCUGUUCAACUACAACAAGGGCCCGUUCACGGCGGGGAGCGUCGGCCACCACGGCCUGGUCAUGCGCGCGGUCAUGCACAACACCUUCGUGCCAGUGGCCAUCGAUCCCGACACAGGCGAUGUGCUGCGCGAUCCGCAGACGGGACUCGCGGUCCGCGCGCCGUACGACAAGGGCGGCGAGAUCCUCGUCAGCGUGCCCACCGAGCAGGCCUUCCAGGGCUACUGGCGCAACGCGGACGCCACCUCCAAGAAAUUCCUGCGCGACGUCUUCAAAAAGGGUGAUCUGUGGUACCGCUCCGGCGACGCACUGCAUCGCCAGACCGACGGCCGGUGGUACUUCCUCGACCGGCUGGGCGAUACCUUCCGCUGGAAAUCAGAAAACGUCGCAACCGCCGAAGUCGCCGAGGUCAUCGGCCAGUAUCCCGGCGUGCAAGAGGCCAACGUCUACGGCGUGCUGAUCCCCCACCAUGAAGGCCGCGCCGGCUGCGCCGCGCUGCAGCUCACGCCCGAGGCCAAGGGCGCGCUCGACUUCCGCGGGCUCGCGGCGUUCGCGCGUGCGCGGCUGCCCAAGUAUGCGGUCCCUGUGUUCCUGCGCAUCGUGGACACGUCGACGCACAUCCACAACCACAAGCAGGACAAGGUGCCGCUGCGCGAAGAGGGCGUGGAUCCGGACAAGAUCGGGACGAAGGUGGUGGAGGGGCGAGAGAAUCGGUUCUACUGGCUUCCGCCGGGGAUGGAGGAGUAUGUCGAGUUUGGCCAGGAGGAAUGGGAGGAGUUGAGUGCCGGGAGGGCGCGUCUGUGA